AUGAUGCAGGAGCUGCAUGCGAUAGUGCGGCAGGUGCUGCGUUUCCACCCUCGCACUGUGAGCAAUUACUGCCGGACAUUGCCUGGCGAUCCCCACAGCCUCGCGACAGUGGAUGCCCGUAUGGCCGAAGUGGCGGAGCUCCUCGUGACGGAGCUCAUUCGUGUGUUGUCGCAUGGCCUACACGAAGGAGGGGAGUUGUGGAGUGUGCUGGAAACCCUCGAGCGCGUUCCAAACAGGCUCAUUCAUGGAGACGCAAACGGCGCGUGUGGGACGGCACAGCAUCGGCUGAGGUUCUCAGGGCAAUUAAUCUAUGUCAUCAAGUCAACCUUUGUGCGGUGUACGUCUGCCGCUCGCACCCGAGCCCUAAUUCGUCUGGCACUCAGUCAGGGCGUCCUCCUCGCCUCACUGGAGCUCAUCGCCCGAUGGAACGCGGCGGAACUGGCGGCCUUCUACGCCGACCCCGCCUCGAGCGUGCUCUGCAGCGUGGAUGGCGAGCUGUGGGACGCCUUCCUGCGCGCAUGCGCCCCAAUUGGGGGCGUGACCCUCACGGAAAUCGGGGCCGGUGUGUCAAAGGGGGUUUCAGUGGUGAAGUUUGACAUGAAGCUGGCGCUCCCCGACCCCGCUGGGGACGAAGUCGAGCGCAGUGGCGCCGACGACCGCAACAUCAGCGUGCCGGCGGGCGCAGGUGGGGGCGGUAGCAACGGCGACAGGGCGGCGGGGGGCGAAAUUUCCCCGCACGUGUGUGGGGCGGCAGUUGGGCCCGGCACCAUUGUGAGGGUGCAGCAGAUACCCGUUCAUGGCGGCCUCGCGGAGCAAAGGCAACGUCGUCGUAGGCGAAAGAAGCAGGCGAAGUACGAGGAGUUGAAAAAGUUAGCCUCUGCGGAUGAAGGCGGAGGCGGAGGCAGCGCGAAAGUUCGUGCGCCUUUGCCGCUGGCGGAGGAAGCCAUGGCCACGGCUGAGGCGAGGAAUGUGGAUCGUCUGCUGGAUCGUGCGGAGGCGCUUCUGCUGGAGCGCUGGGAGAAGCUUGCCGCCACGAUUUCCGCGCACGAGUCCUUGUUAUUUGAACGUGAAGAUGCUGGGUAA